UUUAUGGCGGCCGAUACCGUCCGUGCUUAUACAAGGUGUCACGAAAAUUCGUUAUUUUUUUUUAUGUUUCGCACUUCUGUCGCAAUAUUCUGUUACUGCCUCAAUGAUUCCCGACAUUGUCUCGGUGGAGAAAAAUGCACUUAGACUGUAAGUGGCGAAUUGAUGGAUCGGGAUUCGUAAUUAAAAGAAAAAGGAAGAUUGCGCACGUUACCAAGUUCUCCAUUUAAUGUAGAACGUAAUUUGCAUUUUUCGGAGAUGUUAAGUUAAGGAUGUUCGGUAAAUUGCGGUACAACCGACACCGAGACAGGACAAGGCACGAGGAAACAGCGUCCGAACGGACUGCAGCCUUUAAGAGGCUAGCGCUUGUUAGCCCGCCGGAGGAUUUGCGAAAUGCAAAAUUGGAACCAAUGGCAGUUGCCAGCCGGUGCUGUCACGACUCCAAUACCCCAACCGCCAGUUGGCUACGCUGCAGCAGCGACAGCAGCAGUACCACCCGCGGACCCCACGGCCCUGGAGCAAAGCUAUAUGCAAUAUUACAAUCAACCAGCGCCUAGUGGAUAUACACCGGAGCAAUGGGCAGCUGCACAACAACAAAGUUGGGCUCAGUGGCAGCAGUGGCAACAACAAUAUCAGCAAUGGCAAGCACAAUACGGCGAUAAGUAUCAAGAGACGAUGAAACAUCAUAUGUCAGCGGUGCAGAACGUAAAUUUGGUUGCGAGCCAAGUGCAACCACCACCGCCCCUCCCCAAAGAGGACAUAGCACGACCUCCAUUACCACCCACUACCGCGAGUAUCGUACAUCAACAGUUUACCAACAUGCCACCCCCACACCAAAACAAUCUGCCCUUAUUUCCCGCGAAAGAAUCCGCUACAACGAGUGUAUUGCCGCCAGCGAGCGCGACUAACUACCCUCCUCCGAAUCACCAACAGCCGCCACCCCUACCCGAUAUGAGCCAGCAACAACAGCAGCUGCCACCUUUGCCGUCUGAAAUCGAGAACAAACGAGGAGAGCUGCCAGGAGGAACAGUCGGACAGGCCGAGAAACGCGAUAGUAAUGUUAGCGCGAUCGGUGCUGGUAGUGAGUCCAAUAGUGGCAGUAGUGCGAAAAAAUUGAAGCUUGACGAGGACGAAGAGCUAACUGAUGCCGAGAAAACGUUCGACGCGCAGUUCAAACAGUGGGAAGAGCAAUUUAACAAGUGGAAGCAGCAGAACGCAAAUCAUCCCGACAAAACUCAGUAUAAACAAUAUGAAGCCAAGUGGACGUCGUGGCGUGAAAAGCUGCUCGAGCGGCGCGAGCAGAUGCGCAAGAAGCGCGAGCAGCAAAAGCAGGCCGCCGCGGCGAAGGCUGCGGCAGCAGCGGUUGCGGAAGCAGAUAAGAGUAAGAGCACCGUGUCCGGCGACGAGAAGAUACUCAACAUACUGUCGAACACGGAGAAUCAACGUUUGAUCAACAAUCUGCUCGGUAUCGGCAAGAGCCUCGGCUUGACGGGCAAGCAGCAGACCGUCCCCGCUUCUACCCCACCAUCUCUGCCCCCGCCACCCCCACCGCCCCCGGAGACCGCGAAUUCUGGAAAUCAACCCGGCAACGCGGUUCAGGGUGUGCAAUCUUUGCCGCAGCCGAACAUAGGCUCGAACGCUGCACCGCCGCCGCCGCCACCGUCGUCGUCGUCCUCGUCAUCGUCAUCUUGGCAGCCUAAUCAGCAGCAAUGGGAGAACAGUCAGCAGCUGUACAAUCCUCUGAUGGAAUCCGCGGCCUUUGGGAUGCCUUUUUCGAUGCAUCACCAUCUCGCGCCGCCGUUCGCCCACCCAAUGACAUCGCCCAACUUCACGCAGCCGCCACCGAGUCUGCCGGGCAGCAACAACGGUCCGCCGCCCAACUUCUCGCUACCACCGCCGAAUUAUCCGCCCAACAACAACAAUAACAAUAACCAGGAGCGCCCGGUGGCGCUGCAGGGCGCGCAGGACCAACCACCGAACGUGGACGCGAUGCGAUUCCCCCCGCGCCAUCCUAACGACCGCGGCGGUAACUUCGACGGUGGACAACAGCCGAACUUUCUGCGGAGACCGGGCGAGCCUUCGGACCACCGUUUCCCCGCGGGACGCGCAGAAGGUAUCGCCAAUCCGGCCGGGAACGAGCAGGAGCAGUUCUUGAGACCUGGCGACGCUGCUUUUAGUAGGUCGAACGAGCCCUUCACUGAUCGAAUCGAGCAGCAGCGGUUCCGCAGGGGAGACCGAAGUUUCCCCGGCGACUUCGGGAAUAAUUCGCCUAACGGACCGAUACCUAACUUCCAUCCCGGCAACGACAAUCCCGGACGUUUCGUACCGCCGAUAAAUGAGCGUUUCGCCGGAGGAAACAAUCGAUUUGGUGGACCGGUGGGGAACGAGAGAUUUCCACCGCCGAGUGACCGGCCAUUUGCGCAGGAUCAUGACCGAUUCGGCGGACUCGACCGGUUUAGCGGGGGUGAACGAUUCGUGGGACCAGAAGCCGAUAGAUUCGCCAGGGGGAAAGAGCACAGAUUCGAUCGGCCGGACAACGAGCGAUUCGGGCCGAACGAUCGUUUCCCCGAGCGAUUCCCCGAUCUCAAGGAUCGCUUUCCCCCAACUAACGAUCGAUUCGGGACCGGUGUGAACGAACACUUCGGUUCAAACGAUCGCUUCGGCAGAAGCAACAACCCCGCGGACUGUUUCGACCCGAAUGACGCGAACGAUCAUCGGCGAGAUUCCUUCGGCAACAACUCCCGGGUCUUUGGUAGAAACCCAGGCUUCAGUCCGCCGAAGGAAUUGCCACCGGAGCUGCGGAAACUCAUGGAGAAGCGAAAGGCUGCCGGCGAUGUGUUCAGACCCAGUUUCCUCUCGGACUCCGAGAAGACCAGUAGCGUCGGUUCUCUCAGCGAAAGCUUCAAGAAGAUCGCCGGCGAUUCGCCGUUCCGCAGCAGUUUCGACUUCCCGAAAACUCGGCCUGGACCAACGUCGGUGGGCGGCAGCUUUCCCUCCACUGUCGGCGGCAGAUCAACACCGUCUCCGUUUCAGCCCCAUUCGUUCGCUCCCGAUUCCACGGCGCCGCCGUACGGCCAUCAUCCGCGAGGCGGCGGCGGUCUUCCCUUCAAUAGCAAUAACAAUGAACCUCCAGCUUCGCUUAUUCCUGCCUUCAGGCAAGCACCUUUCUCGGAUAAUUUCGCCAAACACGGUGGUCCCGCGAAUUACAACGAACGGGGAAUGGAGAAGGACGUGGAGAACAACCUGCCGACUCCGAAUCAACAACAAGCCCAACCGGCCGAUAUCCAACCUCAGUCUUCUGCCGAGUAUCAUCCUGGAAAUACCGGUGUCAACGUCGAUCCCUCGAAUAAUCUGGAGACCGAUAAUGGUCCGAACACGAAGAACGUAGAAGUGACGCAACCGACGAACGAGACCGAUAACGCAACCGUCGAACCAAAAGAUGAUCCGGUUAUCGAAGAUGCCUCGUCGAGGAAAAGUGACGAUAACAGAGAAGGGGUCCCAGAGUCGGUCAAUGACAGUAGUUUUCAGCAGCAACAACAGCAUGCUGAUAAAGAACAGGACAACAGUUGCGAAGAAAAGGAGAAUGCGGAAAGCAACACCGGUAACGAAAACGAGAGCGUUCCACCUAAGAAGCCUGAGAGCUUACCCUUCAUGGACGAGAAUGAUCCACGACCGGAGGAUCUGAACAUCGAGCCACCGCCGGAGCUGCCCAACCUGGGCCCCGUCCUGACUAGCCCGGAAUCCGAGCCCCAGAACAUCGCCAGGCCGUUCAACGAGGCUUCAGACGGGAAAGGACCACCAGCAGGUGGUGUCCAAUUGCAGGACAUACGAUCUCGUGGAAUAGAAUUCCCCAAGAUGGGCACAACCUUCAGGUUCCCAGGACCACCGCCGUUAUUCCCCAGAGGGCCUCACGCCUUUCCGCCACCGAGGUACGGCGGUAACCCGCAACUGGGUCCUAACGACGAACAGUUUGGAUCCAACGCGCCUGGCGACGCUGGACGAUUCAGUCCCGGUAGGUCCGAAGAUGAACAGUACACAGAGCGAGAUCGUGCCGAUGAAUCACCUGGCGAGAAUCCCCAACACCCCAACAGUGGACAAUUCGGCCCUAUGAACGAGCCAUUUGGUGGUCCACGGGGCCCAAUCGGAAAGUUCGGUCAAAUCGGGCCGGGGAGAGUAGCCUUCGACUCACCAUUCGCUCCCCGAAAUCCCGGUCCGUUUGGGCCCAGGGGCAAUAUGCCAUUCGGAGCGCGGGGAGGGUCCGGUGAUACGCUUCGACAUCCCAGCGACGGGCCGCAAUUUAGUUUCUUAGGGCCUAACAACAAUAACAACAGAUUCGGCAGGCCGAACGAGCCAUCGUUUGACAGCAGGCGGCCGCCUUUCGGCUUCCCAGACGUACGACCCAAUGAGGGGCCAGGUUUUGGGCUCCGAGGACCUAACAGUAGCAUGCUAGGUGGUCCUCGCGGCCCUCCUCCAGACACUUUCACUCAAGGACGUAGUCCGAAGGCUUUCAACGAGAACCGCUUUGACUCGCGAGAUUUCAAAGAAUCCGGCCCCUUCGGAGCGGACCUCAAGGACAGACCUCUCGCGGCUAGGGGCCCGAUGGGUGAUCCGAGUUACACGCGUGAUUAUGCGCACAGAAGCGGCCCCUUCGCCAAGAAAGAACCGUUCUUGGACGACAAGCGGCAGUUCGGCGGGAGUCCAGCGGCCAGGUCUGACGAGUCGUUCGAUAGAAACGCGACGGACGCGGAGCCGCAAAAGGAUAUCGUCGAGUAUACCAGACGCAUGCCGCAAGACCCUUACAAGAAGGACUCGGACGACAACAGGGCGAGGGGCAAGUUCAACGAUGACCAAGCUCAGUGCACAACGAGCACCGAGAGAAACCAGGCGAACGCGGCUCAGUUCGACGAGAGAACGGAUCCGGAUCGGCAGUCCAAGUUGCAAAGCAGUCCGAGUUCCAACUUGUUUACGAAACGGCCUCAGUCGAUGUUGUCCGCAGGAAGCGGUGGCGGCAGCCCCGGUGAGUUCUGCGCGCCGCGGCAGUUCAACUACAAUCACGGCGAGACCAGCGAGAAGGUCGUCGAGUACACACCGUCGAAAGUGAUCGACUACGGGCACGUGUCCCGGCCGGCCGUCAUCGAUCAACACCUGUCAUCGCCGGUUCAAUGCUUCGAUUACUCUCACGGCGACUCGAAGCCGGUGGAGUAUCCUUGGGACCAGCCGAAGAGGGACUUGAAGAACUGGGUGGAGAACGAGCAGAGCAUCAAGGAUUACGCGGAGCAGAUGAGGAUUUGCCACGAGAACGCGAGGAAGGAGUACACCGGGGAGAAAGCGAGAAGCGGCGGCGGCUACGACAACUACGAGAAAAGCAGUUAUGCGACACGCAAGCCGGAUUACGCGAAGCAGCGGAUGGUAAAGGAGCAUCACAUGGAUUGGCAGCAGCAGCAGCAAACGAGCGACAGGAGAUCCUGUGGAGAAAGAAGGGAGAGCGAGGAUCGCAAGGAGAGAUCGUACAACUCUCUCGAAGAUCCGCGAUUGUUCUUCGAGCGCGACUCGAGCGCGAUCGACGGUCAGGGCGACCGAAACGUUCGUAGAGAGCGGCCUCAAGAGACAUGCGAGACUCCCCGAAGAGAAACGAAUAAAGACAGUGAUAAAGACGACAGCAGAUCGAAAGGAAGUGUUAAUUGGCAGGAGAACUCGAACAAGAACACCGUAGACGCAAAGCUCACGGACGUCAGUCUUCUGGACACAAAGAAAAAUGUGGAAUCGACGACUGUCCCGAAGACGCUGGAAUUGGCGAAAAUUCCAAACUGUACGAUGGUUGACGACCUGCUGUGUCCGCCAGGUCGCCAGAGCCGACCACCAAAGAUAGCAAUUAUUCUUAGAGGGCCACCUGGCAGUGGCAAAUCUUUCGUUGCUAAACUUAUCAAGGAUAAGGAAGUUGAACAAGGAGGUUCCGCGCCUAGGAUAUUGAGCCUGGAUGAUUAUUUCCUUGUCGAGAAAGAAAUAGAGACGAAGGACGAUAAUGGAAAGAAGGUGACGGUUAAGGAAAUGGUAUAUGAAUACGAAGAGGCAAUGGAACAAAGUUACAUAACGUCACUCGUUAAAGCGUUCAAGAAAAACAUCACCGAUGGAUUCUUCAAUUUUAUCAUAUUGGAUUGUAUCAAUGAGAAGAUUUCAGAUUACGAGGAGAUGUGGAGUUUCGCUAAGACGAAAGGUUUCAAAGUGUAUGUGUGUGAGAUGGAGAUGGACCUGCAGAUAUGCUUGAAGAGAAAUAUUCACAACCGCACGGAGGACGAAAUCAAUCGGAUCAUAGAUUAUUUCGAGCCGACACCCAGCUAUCACCUGAAACUAGAUGUCAAUUCAAUGUUACAGGAACAAGCCAUAGAAGAGGUCGAUAUGGAAGACAGUCAGCAAGAGAUAGAGGAGAAAUCUGCCACACAAAAUGAAGACAGUCAAGACAGCCAGGAGGAUACUCAGGAUGCAAUUGGUGUUAGCAAAUGGGAACAAAUGGAAGCUGAAAAUAAAUUAGAUCGGUUGGAUGGAUUAGCGAGAAAGAAGGAGACGAGACCACAAACCAUGGAAGAUUUUCUUCAAGUACCCGAUUACUAUAAUAUGGAAGAUACUUCUGGUAAAAAGCGGGUACGAUGGGCCGAUUUAGAGGAGCGUAAGGAGCAGGAGAAAAUGCGCGCCGUCGGCUUUGUGGUUGGUCAUACCAAUUGGGAUCGCAUGAUGGACCCCACGCAAGGCGAAAGUGCCUUGACGCGGACAAAGUACAUAUAAUUCAAGUUACCCACUUCUAUCAAUAGUAUUGGUAUAUAACUGUUAUUCAUUAUAUCGUUACAUAAACUACCAUCGAAAAAUAUUUGUUGCGUUAGCGUUAGCUAAAUUGUUCAUCUAGCGUCAAACCUUGUCUAAUUCGUAUUUUUAAGAAAAAGAAUACAUAGAAAAUUAGGAUGAAGAAUGAAACUUUAGGAUGUAAACAUUACAUUCUAUAUAAUGCAUAUAAAACAUGAAUUAACAUCGUACGUUAAUAUUAUAUGUUGAUGUUGUUUGUCGCCCAUAUACUUAGGUGGCGAGUGAGCUUCCGCAGAGACGGAAACACUAUUUGUGGAUUGACGGUUUUAUUCCCCUGAUGAAGAAUAAUUUUACUAAUUAUUUAGAACAAUAUAUAUAUAUAUAUAUUUUUUUUUU